CGGGGCUGCGCGGGGAGGAUGCGGCUGCGCUCGGGUGUGUUUGCCUCCUCCUGCCUCCUGCUGGAGGCCCUGGGGGUCGUGCUGUUCCUCCGCGGCUUCUUCCCGGUGCCUGUCAGAUCGCUGCGCCGCAGAGAGGCCCGCGGCGAUCCUCCCGCCGAACCGGCCCCGCCCGGCCCAGGAAUGGUUUCUAAUUGGACCAAGAUUCCAUCACCGCUUUUCAAAAAAGUUGUCAUUGUGUUGAUAGAUGCUUUGAGAGAUGACUUUGUAUUUGGAUCCAAAGGUAAACAGUUCAUGCCAUAUACAACACAAGUUGUUGAAAAAGGGACAUCCUACAGUUUCAUCGCUGAAGCAAAACCUCCCACUGUGACCAUGCCUCGGAUUAAGGCUUUGAUGACAGGUGGCAUACCUGCUUUCAUUGAUGUUAUUGUGAACCUCAAUUCUCCAGCUCUGUUGGAUGAUAACCUGAUAUGGCAGGCAAAAACAGCUGGGAAAAGAAUAAUCUUUUAUGGUGAUGAUACUUGGGUUAAAUUGUUUCCAAAACAUUUUGUGGAAUAUGAUGGAACAACUUCCUUUUUUGUGUCAGAUUUUACAGAGGUUGAUGAUAAUGUUACCAGGCAUUUGGAUAGAGUGUUAAAGAGAGAAGACUGGGAUCUUCUAAUACUGCAUUACCUGGGACUCGACCAUAUAGGACAUAUGACUGGACCAAACAGCCCAUUAGUGGGACCGAAACUUCAUGAAAUGGACAACAUCCUGAAAAAGAUUCAUAUUUCGCUUCUUUCAAAGGAAGAGGAUUCUCUGCCCAAUUUGCUAGUUGUUUGUGGGGAUCAUGGGAUGUCUGAAACAGGUAGUCAUGGUGGUUCUUCAGAAGGAGAAAUUCUCACACCAUUGCUGUUUAUCAGCUCUGCUUUUGAAAAAAGAAGUGGUCCUCUAACUCAGCCUGAGCUUGUGCAACAAACAGAUUUAGCUAGCACACUGGCAGUAGGUCUUGGUCUACCAAUUCCAAGAAACAGUGUUGGGAACCUCAUAUUUCCAGUUGUGGGAGGCAGGUCAAUGAGAGAACAGCUACGUUUUGUGCACCUGAAUGGCUUCCAGCUUAGCAGACUGCUGCAAGAGAAUACACCUGCAUAUGAAAAAGAUCCUGGAUAUGAAAAUUUUAAGAUAGCAGAAAAGUCCCAUGGUAAUUGGAUCAAACUUUAUUUAGAGGGAAACAAUUCAGAAAUACUCCUAAAUCUUGGCAAAAAAGUCCUGAAGCAGUAUUUGGAGGCCUUGAAGACUCUGAGUUCUUCACUGAGCAAGCAAGUGGCACAAUAUGACAUGUAUUCGAUGAUGGUGGGGACUGUGAUCGUUAUGGAGGUUCUGCUGCUGCUUUUGCUCAGUGUUCCAAAAGCACUGAGCAGCCGGGCAGAGUUACACGUGCCCCUAUCCACUCCACUCUUCUCUCUGCUCUUUUACUUGGUGUGGCUGAUUCUGUGUGCGAUUCAUGUCAUUGUAUGCACAUCAGCAGAAAGUUUAUGCUAUUUCUGCAGUAUGUCCUGGUUAACAGCAGUUGGAGUGAUGAUGCUAAUUUCUGCACUCAUGUGCAGUAUUUUAUCCACUGUUGCAAAGAUCUUUGAGAAUUCCAGACUUCCACAGAGGAAUCCAGUUGUGUCCAGUUCUACCUGGUCAGAAAUAGAUGUGCUGAUUCUGGCUGGAACGAUUGGCCAUGUUUUGAGUUUGGGGGCAAGCAGCUUUAUAGAAGAGGAACAUCAAACCUGGUAUUUUCUUAUUAAUACACUUUGUCUGAUGCUGUGUCAGGAACUCUGUAGAAGUAAUUUUCUUCUGAAAGAAUGUGACCUUCAGCAUAGCAUCACUAUGACGCAAAAUUCUGAUAAUACUGGGGAAGCCUCUGAGUGCAAGAAUAUAGAUAUUCCAGCAGCAGCUGAUUCAAAACUGGGCAAGGCCACCACUUCAGCUGAAUUUAUAAAGGGAUCAGAUAAAUGGAUAAGCUUGGGAAGUCCAUGGAUCAUUCUUAUUUGCUGUCGGCUGCUUCGUUCCUUGAAUCAGACAGGUGUCCAGUGGGCUCAUCGGCCAGACUUUGGACACUGGCUGACAAGCUCUGAACAUAAAUCCGAACUCUCCUUCUUGGCUGCAGUCUCCCUAGUUAUGAUCUUCUUUCUGGUUCAAAGAAGAUGCUCGCUGGUUUCAAAAAUUGCUAUGGCACUUGGUCUCCUGGGAGUCUACAGUUACCGGGCAGCCAUUGGAAAUGUUGUAUAUCCAUGGCAACAUGACAGCAAAGAUAUUUCAAAGGGGAUUACUGAAGCUCACUUUGUUUAUGUCUUUGUUCUUGGCAUAGUCUUCACUGGCACUAAAGAUUUACUAAAGUCACAGGUUAUUUCUGCAGACUCCAGCGUGAAGAGUACAGGAUUAUGGGAAUUGUAUAGCGGAUUAGUUCUACUAGCAGCUCUUCUAUUCAGACCUCACAAUUUACCAGUCUUGGUGUUUUGUCUGUUGAUUCAGACAGUGAUGACAAAAUAUAUUUGGAGACCUUUGAAAUUUGAUGCAGCACAGAUUAGUAUCAUGCACUACUGGUUUGGACAAGCUUUCUUCUAUUUUCAGGGAAAUUCAAAUGGCAUUGCUACGGUGGAUGUUUCAGCAGGUUUUGUGGGACUGGAAAGCUAUGUAGAAGUACCAGCUAUCUUCCUUACAGUAUUUGCAACGUAUGCAGGACCUUUGCUUUGGGCCAUUCAUCUGCUGUGCUACUUGAGUUCUGAAGUUAGCAGGAAUUCGGCAGCAGUGGGUCAUGGCUGUUUCUGCUACGCACUGAUGCGUUCAAUUCCGGUUGCCAUCUACAUUGUUCUGGUGACAGCUCUGCGUUACCACCUGUUCAUAUGGAGUGUCUUCUCACCAAAACUACUUUACGAGGAAGUUCAUGUGUUCAUCACAGCCGCUAUCUGCCUGUUCUUCACAGCUGUGGAUCAGAACCCCACUCACAAAGUCCAAGAUUGAAAAGAAGUGUGCAGUACACAGUUCUGCGCUUCUGUGUCAAGUGUCUCACUCCAAUGGAAGAAGGGAAAUUGUUGUGUAGAACUGGAAGACUAGCUUUGUUUGUUCUAGUCAAAAUCAGGGGUUUAAGGGCUGUUCUAAAACCAAGUUUGCUAAAAUGUUGAAUUGAAAUAAAUUUUUUUCAUGGGUGACUCUUGUUACAUAACUGUCAUUAUAGCACUCUUCAAAUAACGGAAUGGCAAUAUUACAUGAUUUAAAUUUUAAACUGUACAUUUUGUUAUAAAUAUAGACCAGUGCCUCUAGGCACUGAAAAAAAAUCUUUUGCUCAUACAAUUUUUUACCUUCUUACUCUACAGAAUCCUAAAAAUAUGCAGGGUUUCUUGGUGCUCUUUGGAAGAUCUUAUAUUCAUUAGUCUUGGUGAAGUUUUUUGUCUGUUUCGUUUCUAGUGUGUGCAUUUGACUUAUUAUUAAAUUAUUGAAUUAUGGUGUAAAUAUCCCAGGUAAGGGACUUCGUUUGUUUUGCAUAGGCAGCAUUUCUAUUUAAAGGCAGUAUUUGUAAGAUGAGUGCAAUCAUUAUCUGUAAUGUAUUCUGAUCUGUACUUUAGACACUGGGUAAGAAACGUGUAUGGGCUAACAAAGUAAUUAAUCUUCUGUGGACUCUGUUUACUGCUAAAAUGUUGUGUUUCUUGUUUUUUAGUGUUUAAGUGCAGAAUCAGGUUGGUGAUGGCUGGUCUGAGAAUUGGACCACAUUUCACAGAUUGGAGAGCAUUAUGACCCAUGAGCAGGAAAGUGGUGCAACGGGGUACAUUACCAGCAGAAUGAAAGCUGUGUUUGCGUCACCUUCCUCCUAGUGACCUGUCUGCCCACCUCAUUUGAAUGUGCUAUCGUCAGCUUCUAGAAGUCUUUCUUUAAACUUAUUUAUGUCAAAAAGAUGCACACUUGUGACUACCUUCAAUAUAGGAAUUCUUUUCAUGUCGUUUUUUGCUUUGUCUUUUUAUUCAUGUUAGCAGCCAAUAGCAUUCAAUCUAAAUGUGUAAUGGGUGUAGCAGAAGAGAAGCAUACAUGGGACUUCAACUUUAAAAAAAAAAAUCUGAAAGUAAAAAACUUUGAAGCCCUAUGUAGCUGACAGCACAUUUUUUAGGAUCACUGAUAACACUUUCCAUCUCAUGUUUCAGAUAGAGCAAAUCUCAAAAAGUAGGCCUUUAGUUUUUACACAUUAAUAAUAGGCCAUCUUGGUCCCUAAUUCUUUUUCAUCUGUAAAACAACAAAAUUUUCAGUCCCCUGGCUGCAAUUUGCUCUUCAAAUGCAGAAGAGACUACAGGAUCAUAAUGUGAUCCACUGUGACCUCUUGGAAGUCUAAAAAUUUAGUACUAUUAAUAGAUUGAUUUCUACUGUGAAUUAUGAAAUCUUUAAAACAGUAAGUGUGAAUGUUGUACACAUUUAUGAUUAUCUAUGUUCUCAGUAUUUUUCUGGUUACCUGUUGCUUAGCAACCAUAUAGGGAUUAUUGACAUCUUUGUUUGUUUACUUGGUUAAUUCCUCAGCAGU